AUGUUUCAUUUUGUCUCUACAGGUUGCAGCGUUGUUAUUGCCUCUCGUAAAUUUGACCGAUUAAAAGCUGCUGCAGAAGAACUGAAUAAUACAUUUUCUUCUAUGAGUCCUGCCAAAGUGACUCCUAUACAGUGCAAUAUCCGCAAAGAAGAUGAGGUAGAAGCUUUGGUGAAGUCUACGCUGAGUCUGCAUGGGAAGAUUGACUUCCUGGUAAAUAAUGGAGGGGGCCAAUUUGCAAGUCCUUCUGAAGCCAUCCGUGCAAAAGGCUGGAAUGCUGUGAUAGACACAAAUCUGACAGGGACCUUCUACUGCUGCAAAGCAGUGUACAAUGCCUGGAUGCAGGAACAUGGAGGAGUCAUUGUCAACAUUACUGCUGCCGUGAGAAAUGGGUUUCCUGGAAUGUCGCAUACAGGAGCUGCAAGAGCUGCAGUGAAUAACCUAACCAAGACUUUAGCUUUAGAAUGGGCCCACAGCGGAGUAAGAAUCAACAGCGUUGCUCCUGGAAUAGUAUUUUCAGAAACUGCUGUUGCAAACUAUGGAGAGCAAGGUACAAUGAUAUGGUUAAAGAGCAUACCAAAGGUUCCUGCCAAGAGGUCAGCGGUUCCUGAGGAGAUCUCUCCUGCAGUGUGUUUCCUACUGUCUCCAGCUGCUUCUUACAUAACUGGGACAACCAUGGUCGUGGAUGGUGGCCAAAGUUUAUAUAGCCAUACCUUAGAAAUACCUGAUCACGACAGAUGGCCCUCACCACCAGAAGGAAAAAAUUCUGAAAUGCUUAAAAAGCUUCUUUCUGGCCAGUUCAAGCCAAAGCUGUAAAAGAAUGCGAUUUCACCUUAUUCCCAGUUGCACACUUGCUGAUAAUCUUGCUUUGUGAUUAGGGCUUAUUAUUCUCAGUACAAUUUUUUUGCUCAUACGUAACUACAUUGA